CUAAGCAGAUCUCUUCCGGGUACUCUGGGAUUCUGGGUAUAACCGACCCGGUAAAUCGAAUGUGAAACCCGGUUCUGAGGAAGAGUAUUGUAGACAGUAAUGCUUGCUGGGGUCUGGAAGCGGAUAAGAAGCACCGACUUCUAGCAUUGGGAUUUGGGACUAGGAGCCUCAAACAGGAAGCAGAACAUUGUUGUCCCAACAAAGAGAUUUCCUUUUUGUUUUCAUAACAUUGCUGCUUGCUUUGCCCAGAGUUUUUCUACCCAUUACGUCGCAGAGGGAGUUACCUAUCUGUAAAACAUAAUGCUAGAAGAUGAAGAAAAAGUGCCUUACCGCCGUCUUGAACCUGCAGUGCAGAAAUUUAUUAAGGUUGCCAUACCCACAGAUUUGGAAAGAUUAAAACAACACCGGUUAAAUAUUGAAAAGUUUCGAAGAUGUAGAUCAUGGGAGCGAUUACACAAAGAGCAUAUCAAUGCAGGACGCACUGUGCAGCAACUUCGAGCCAACAUUCAAGAGAUGGAAAAGUUGUUUUCCAGAGUAAAGAUGGAAGAUAUCCCGACAUUGACAAAAGCAAUAAAUCCAAUAAAAAAAUUGGCAAUUGCUUCAAUAGCAGAUUUUUUGGAACUUCAUUUAAAAUCCAAAGAAGAGUUGAAAAAACAGUUUAAUGAAGAAGCAUCAUUGGGAUUACAUAGCUCAACAGAAGCACUUUGUAGUAGUGAGUCUUCAGAACAGAAUUUGUAUUUACAAUAUCCAGAAAUUCCUCAGGAGGAAAAUGCUGCAGAGUCAUGGGACACUUUGGAAAAGGACUUAGUUGACCUGGAUAAGCUUGUAAAUGAAUUCUCUCACUUGGUACAUACUCAGCAGGAGAAGAUUGACAGCAUUGAAGACCAUGUCAACACUGCUGCUGUGAAUGUUGAAGAGGGAACCAAAAACCUGGGGAAGGCUGUACAGUACAAGCUGUCCGUGCUUCCUGUAGCAGGUGCUCUAAUUGGUGGAGUUGUAGGGGGUCCAAUUGGCCUCCUAGCAGGAUUCAAAGUUGCUGGAAUUGCAGCUGCACUUGGAGGUGGGGUAUUGGGCUUCACAGGUGGAAAACUUAUACAAAGGAAAAAAGAAACAAUUAUUAAAACAGAACAGUCUUCAUCUACAGAGAGUCAGGAUCAAGAACUCAAAAAAGUCAACUGAUGGUACUGAUCAAUUGUAACAAGAUUUGGAGGAUUCUUUAAAAAAAAACAACAACAACAAACAAACAGGACUUAUCUCUACAAAAUGGGACGUACCUAAAAACACUUGCAUUGUUAUGGAUCUGUGAAAAUUGUACUUUAUAAGGGGUUUUUUUUUGGGGGGUGCCAGGGAAAUAAGGCAUCCGCCAUAUAAAUAUUAAUUACUUUACCAAAUAUUUAAAUUUAAAGAACUAUUUGUGUAAUUUUAAUGAGGAUUGUACAAUGUACAUUUAGUAUAGACGUGUUUGUUAAAUUCAUAUGUAUUUCAUUUUUCCUGAAUUAUGGUAUUCUGGCCUUUAUUACGUUAUCUGCCUUCUAUGAUUUUUAUCAGUUGUGUCAUACUAGUCAUAUAGCUUUGUCUGCCUUUAUAUAUAUAUAUAUAUAUAUAUAUAUAUAUAUAUAUAUAUAUAUAUAUAUAUAUAUAUAUAUAUAUAAACAUUUUUGAGAUUGUACACUUAUGUAUGCGUCCACCAUCAUUCAGUCAAAUGGUGGAAAGAUACAUGGGUGUUCUGUGUCCUUGGCUUAUACGCGUUGGCGACUGCUAGUGAUCUAUUAGAUUUACCGCCCUGUGCCUGUGUAAUGGAUAGGUAUACAGAAGCAUGGAUUCCUCAAAAAAUGUUAGGGAUUGGGGAAAGGACAUAAUAGAUAUUACUUUUUUAACAUAUAUUUUACAUUUUUCACAUUUUUGCUUUAUCUCUUUUAAAGUGACAUUGCUCUGAUUAAAAAAAAAAAGUCUUGUCUCAAACUGUAAAAAGCUGUUGCUCAUUAAAUAAAUAUUGUUUAAGUGACAACAUUUUACACAGCACUAUACAAAGAAGGUACAUUACAAUGAUAAGGGUGCAAUAUGAUAAAAACUUACGAGACAUUAUGUAAGACUAUAUGAUGUGCAUUACUACAUUUACAUUGACAAACAAAAGGAAAGGGGCGCCCUGCCCUUGAGCACAAUCAGUUGUAGAUGGACUUUUAUACAAAGUGUGUCCUGUGGCUCUUUUUUAUGUUAUUAAAUUUUCUACAAAACAAA